CUUUUAUUCUCCCAAUAAAUAUCAAUCAUGGACUUCCCAUAUCCAACUACCAUAACAAGAGAUGAUUUCCAAACCACAAACUUUGGUCCAGAUAAAUUUUUAUUUGAAAACCAUCGAUUUACCGCGGUAGACGUACUCAUUAAAGAUCUACAAAACUUGUUGAAUGAUUUAAAACAAGAACUCUUAAACAUUGUCAAUAAUGAUUAUAAUGAUUUCAUCAAGCUAGGCAAGUCAAUUGAUGGUGGGAUGGACUUGAUAAACUCGAUACUUGGAGAAUUGAAGGAUUUUUCCAGAUCUUGUGGCUCGGCGAAAUUACAUCUUGAAACUUCUACUAAUAACGUUGAUCAUGCAUUAAAUACCAAGGCUAAAUUGAUUCAAGUCAAGAAUACAAUCAAAUUAUGUGUAUUAAUCACGUCACAACUUGAUAAUUUCGAAAAAUUAUUAAAUUCUGAUGAAAAUUUGUAUCAUGAGACAGGAAGAAGUGCCAGUGAACAUGUGAAAUAUUUGACCACCAGUUAUCUUUCAAUUAAUCGAUUGUAUCAAGUUUUAACUAAAUCUGAAGUGAAUUCACAAUAUGUGACUGGAUUGAAAGUUAGAGUUGUUAAUCUUGGAUCGGAAUAUCGAAACUAUUUGAAUGAAUUGGUAAAUUCAUAUAAGGAAGAUAAGUUGAGAAAUAAAGAUGUUUUAUUGGAAUUGAUGAGAAUUUAUAAAGUUAUUGGACAUGAAGGUGAUUUUUUAAAGUUGAUUAAGAAGAAUUAAACCGUAUUUCUGUUCCCCAUGGGACGGGAAACUACUCAUAAGGUUGGCAAGACGCUCCGCUGGCCCCUGCCCGGGGAGGGCCACUGCGUGGAGCUUAGCUCCUCUUCGAGGAGACGUGUACUAGACAGAGUGCUAUACUUUCUUUAAAGUAUCUACAAACUUCUUUUGGGGGUUCUUCUGAAGAUCCAUUCCUAUGGGAGAUAAUUUGAAAAUCAGACCAGAUUUAUAAUGAAAAUCAAAAGAGUAGGAAGGUAGUUGUCCUUAUGAUGAAAGCUGUCUAGCUCCCUUAUAGUUUGAGAGGCUCUUCAUAUGUGGAUAUAAAAUUUACUACUAAAAAUUAAAAAGACAAAGAAUUGCCAAAAGAAUAUCAACUUACAUUAAGUUUGUUUGUUUGUUUGUUUGUCUUUUUUUUUAGCCAUCCAAUUUUUUCCGUCUUCCCUCUAACAAGUGAAUGAAUAUAAUUCAUCUUCAAUAAUCCCCAAUAUAAACCCAUUAUCUUAUCCUUCUAUCAUUGAUUUGCUUUAUGAUCGAUAUGUACUGCAUAUUACCCGAUAAUAUAGUUUCUUCAUAUCAAUUCUUAUUCCCCCCAUCCUAUUCCAUUCUUGAUAAUGUGGUCAUUAUAUGAUGUAGAUCAUCAGCAACUUAGUAUAUAGGAGAUACAAUAUAAAUCAUUUAUAUUGUAUAUUAUUUAAACUAUAUGUGU